AUGAGUAGCCCACGCAGAAGAAUCGAAACUGAUGAUGUGCGAACCGCUGAUGGACCAUUGCAAGAGUUCUACGUGAGAUUCAAGGGGCCCACGGAGACUCCGUUCGAAGGCGGCGUUUGGAAGGUCCACGUCGAACUUCCAGACCAAUACCCCUACAAGUCUCCAAGCAUCGGAUUCGUUAAUCGUAUUUUCCACCCCAACAUCGACGAGCUAUCGGGAUCCGUUUGCCUGGACGUCAUCAACCAGACCUGGUCGCCCAUGUUCGACAUGAUCAACAUCUUUGAGGUCUUCCUGCCUCAGCUACUUCGAUACCCGAACCCGACGGAUCCUCUCAAUGGAGAGGCUGCUGCUUUAAUGAUCAGGGAACCCAAGAGCUACGACGCCAAAGUUAAGGAAUAUGUUCAAAAGUACGCGAGCAAAGACGCUGCUGACGAAGACGGUGCCGAGAGCGAUGACGACGAUGACAUGUCCUCCGUCGGCAGUUUUGGGGACGAUGACGAAGAGCCCGCGGGCCGAUUAGAUGACGUAUGA